AUGCUGGCUUACUGGGAUGCAAACUCUUCUGUUCCCAUGGAUCCUACCAAACAGUUGGGACAAGAGGCAGGGAAAAUCAUGGAAGAACCAUCCAAGUAUAGGAGAUUGAUUGGAAGACUCCUAUACUUAUGCAUUACUAGACCAGAUGUAACUUUUGCAGUUCACAAGCUGAGUCAAUAUGUCUCUAAACCUUGUGAAGAACACUGGUUAGCUGCAGAAAAGGUCCUCAGAUAUAUCAAGGGAACACCUGGACAUGGCCUCUUCUAUUCUAAAAAGACAGAGCCAAUGUUGAGCAUAUUUUCUGAUGCAGAUUGGGCUGCUUGCCCGGAUACCCGGAGAUCAAUGACCGACUACAGUUUGUUAUUGGGAUCUUCCUUGAUAUCAUGGAGAGCCAAGAAACAACAUACAAUCUCAAGGUCUUCGGCAGAAGCCGAGUAUAGAGCUAUGGCUCAAGCUAGUUGUGAAGUUGUAUGGGAAUCAAAUCUGCUUGCUGAUUUUGGUGUAAAAAGGGAGAGAGCCAUUCCUUUAUAUUGUGAUAAUCAAGUUGUUGUGCAUAUCUGUUCCAACCCAGUAUUCCAUGAACGAACGAAACAUAUUGAGAUAGAUUGCCACACGGUAAGAGAAAAAUACUUGGAAGGAAUCAUUAAACCUAUGCACAUCAGGAACACAUUGCAGUAG